CCGGAGGUUGGGGUUUUUCGUUGAAUGCACAAUAAUAUCGCGGUACGGAGCUCGGUACGCGUAUGGAAAAGUCCGCGCGCAUCUUAUCAGUGGGUGCUGCUGCCGAUGACCUGGAGGCGCCUGGAGGCUCUCGGCUGCUGGAGCUGAUUGCGAAGACACUGGUCGCGUCAGUCGCCAUGGAGAGGUCCGCGGCGUUGGUCGCGCUGGUGCUGCUCGGGGCGGCCGCGGUGGCCGCCGACCCAGAGUCUUACGCGGGGUUCCGCGUGCUGGCGGUGGCCCUGGAGGACCCCAACGGCCACAACAUCACGUCCAAACUGCUGCCCCGCCUGCGAGAGCUGGGCGUCGAGGACUCGUGGGGGCUGGACCGCGAGAAGAUGAAGGUCGCCCUCAUGGUGGCCCCGGACAAGGUGGCGGCCGUUGUCGCGGCCCUCGAGGACGCGCGCCUGCCCUACCAGGAGCUGUGGUCCGACGUGCAGCAGAUCCUGGAUAUCGAGGCACGGAAACGAGCGGGAAUGCCGCAGAUUCGGAGCGAACUGCCGGACGGCCAUGUCACGUUCAAUCGCUUCAUGCGCUACGAAGAGAUCGAGCGCUACCUGCACCGCCUGGCGCGGGACCACGCCGACCUGGUGACGCUGCAGCCGCUGGGCCGCAGCUGGGAGGGCCGCGCCAUGACGGGCGUCCUGGUGUCGCUCGGCGGGAACAAGAAGAGGCCCUCCAUCCUCGUGGACGCGGGCAUCCACGCCCGGGAGUGGAUCGCCCCCGCGUUCACCCUGUACCUGCUGCAGCAGCUCGUCGAGGUGAGGGAGAACCGCCACCUACUCGAGGACCUCGACUGGUACGUCCUCCCCAUGCUCAACCCGGACGGCUACGAGUACUCUCACACUACGAACCGCAUGUGGCGAAAAAACCGCAGCAACGAGAGUGAUCCAUGGUGCCGUGGGGUGGACCUCAACAGAAAUUUCGACUUCCACUGGAAUUUGAGAGGAGAUGGCGCUGCCCAGGCGUGCAACAUUGACUACCCCGGGCGUUACGCUUUCUCUGAGCUGGAGACGAAAAAUCUUCGCGACUUUAUUCUCAAUAAGAACAAGGACAAGUCUAUAAAGCUGUACCUCACCAUGCACAGCUGGGGCUGGUUUAUCUUGUUCCCUUGGUCGUACACGAAAGAGCAUCCUAGUAACUACGACGAGCUGCUGAGUAUAAGCAAGGAAGCCAACAAGGCUAUGGUCGCGGCCGGAUCCAAACACUUCCGGGUCGGGUCGCCGCCAGACAUCCUGUACGCCGCCCCGGGGUCUAGCAUGGACUGGGUGAUGGGCGUGGCCGGCGUGGACAAGGCCUGGUCGCUGGAGCUGCCCGGCGGCGCCGGGAGCGGCUUUGAGAUCGAGGAGGCCAACAUAGCCGCGACCGUGCGGCCCGUGUUCGAGGGCGUCAAGGCGUUCGCCAGGCACGCCCGGUAAGGGCAGCCCAUAAACUCACCUGCAC